ACUGUGUUGGUAUACAGUGGAUUGGUUUCGUACUAGCAGCGUAUGGUGUGGGUGGUGUAUUCUCUUCAGUAUUUACUGGACGCAUAGUUAGAUUCAUACCACAGUUCGUUGUAGCUUAUGCUGCCCUGAGUCUCUCAUUUGCUCUAGUGAUGAUCCUCCUGUUCUGGGAGAGACAGCCUAACUUUGUGUUUCUCUUUGGGUUUCCUAUCGGAUGGGGAAUAUGCGAGAGUGUCUACAACUCAAUAUCUCCAGCACUACUAAGCCAGUGGUUUCACGAAAAAGAGCAUGAGGCUGCACUCAGUCUGCUACAAGUCUCCAUCGCAAUUGGAUUUAUAAUUAGCUUCGUGGGUGGGAUAUACCUAAACACAGAAACUAGAUUAUGGAUAAUAACAGCCUUCAUACUAUUGUCUUCCAUCACGUACACGCUUGUGUUCUUCCUUACAAGCUGUAACAAGCAGCAACUCCUACCAUGCAUUUAUGGAGGGGAGGUAGAUGAGAGAGAGAGUGGAUCAGAGCAAAGAGAGGAAGAAGAUGUCAUACAGGACUAUGAGGUGACUGAUAAUGGCUCUCCUUGGAACAGGUUUAAUCCAUUGAGUACCAGGCCUAGUAUAACUGUUAGAGACUCGCAUGAAAUCGAAGAGAAGAAGGAAAUUGAGGCAAGAGAAGAUGAAGAGGGGAUGAGAAAUGGCUUGUCACGUUUGAGAAAUUUCAAACAAUCCAGUGUGUAAAUAAACAUUUUUUUUUGGAAAAUCAAUUUUCUAUGUAAUUUGUUAAUUAAUACUUAAAGUUAUUUUCACUUUGUCACUUGUUGAUAAAGAAACUUUGUAUGAUUAUAAUAAUUAAUAUUUAUUUGCAAUUUCAAUAGUAAUAAGUUAUA